UGAAGUGAUGAGUGUCAGUAGUCAGAGGUGAAGCAGUGUGAGAAGAUGAAGCUCAUACUGAGCAGCCUGCUGCUGGCCUCACUCUGUGCCAUCUCAUCUUGGACUGCUUCAUCUACAGGCGUGUUAGUUGUGACCCAGACUCCUGAUGUUUCUGUCCUGGAGGGAGAGACUGUAAACAUCACCUGCUGCUGGAAAGGGACGUUUGAAAGAAUGACAUUUAACUGGGGGAGAAAUCAAACAAUUAUUAAGACUGACCAAUACAACUCAACACCACAGUCUGAAGAAUCAAAUUCCUGUUCAACUUUGACCUUUUCUAACAUCACAACAAAGUAUUCAGGGAAAUACACCUGCAAACUGAGUGUGGAGAUACCAGUUUAUGUUCAGGGUGAAGGAAAGGGCACAGUCAUCACAGUUAAGACCAGAGAGAACAGAGGAGAUGACACAGAUGAUGGCCAAGACCCACAUAAAUCCAUACCAUUCUCCAUCAUAAUUGCUGUGGCUGUAGUGGUUCCAUUGCUCCUCAUCACUCUCAUCUAUUUCUGUUCUCUGCGAAGGAGACAAGCACAAGCAGCCAGGGUGAUCUAUGAGGUUCCCCACGUUGACUCUGAGGUGGCAGAGAUGGACAAAGACAGCACCAGCUCCUCCAGAGGCUCUUCUCAGUGGUGUCAGGUACCUGUGUAUGAAUCCUUCGAUUACUUUGAACGCGUGCAGACCAAAGAAAGUGGAUGAGGAUCUGCUCAGUGGACUUUCUUCAUCCUCUGGUAUUUUGUGCCCUUAACUUUUCUGCAUGUACAGCGGGGUCCAAAAGUCUGAAACCACUUUCCCAGAUUGGAAUUAUGUGAAAGAUUUUAUAUCAGUAAAAAUAUUUAAUAUUUUUCUAUGAACUAAGUCUUAUUCAUCUUCAUGGUCUCAGUUCAUCUCAAUAUCUGGCUUACUUGUAGCAGACUAAAAGGAGAAAAGUAGUUGCUUCUGUUUUGACUUGAUCAUACUAUAAGCUAGUCAGUGGUCCACAUUAGUGAGUGGUAUUGAUUCUAUAGCGAACAUGUCGGUUUCACAAUGACUUCAGAUCAUGAUAAGGACACUGAGUGGAAACUGUGGUGUUAUGGGGUUGCUCUGUAAUAGGUCAUUGACAGGAAGUGGAAACGGUGCCUGUGACGGUCGAAAUGGUUUCUCCCCGGCCUUGUUCUGUUUAUAUUCAUCACACAAAGGCACAAGAAACUGAUACAGAACAUCUGCAGUCAUAAACAUGUGAUCUACAUUUGAGGUUGUGUGUUUCCUUUUCUAAAAUGUCCAGAGACCAUGUUGGUAGAGGACUGUAGCAUUACUGAAGACAGAAUUACACUCAGUGUUAGCCAGAAGUUGCUAGCCAUCAAAACAUGCUUAGAAAAUGCACACAUGCUCAUUGUAGGCCUAUACAUAAAAACAAAGAGAGCUCAUUCAUUUUUUUUUGUACUCAAACUCAAAGAAUAUGUACAGUCUGAGGUUAAGCUUUUGAUCUCUGUCUAAACUAAAUAGCUGUGUGCGCUCAAGAUGCUAAUGCAUUAGCAUGCUGUUUGUGAAGUAACUGUACUCAACUAGCAUCCUUAAGCACUGAAAAUGUGAAGCUGUAGCUGCUCUAAGAUAGUUAGUUACCAACGAUCAGACAUGUAGGUUAUACUGGAUAGAUUUGAAAUUAGCCCAACUGGUGACUGAGCACUUCAUAUCAUAAACUGUAAGGGGUAAGUUUCUGUUUUUUUAAUUUAUUUAUUUUGUUCCUCCAGCUGCUCAGAAAGAUAAAAAUAUUAGUCUGUGGAAAACCAGUGCUUAAGUUGAACAUUUCCACUGACUUUGCUUUCUGUUCUCUUCAGUAGCUAGUAGGGUAGGCAGUGGCUGGUGUAGUCUAUGCAAACAUUGGCUUUAAAUGUUAGUUUUGAACCCACGCAAACAUUUUAUUAUUACAGGGAGUCAGUUGACCUUAAGGUUUGCAUAAUGUGACCAAAUCAUGGAGUAACAUACAGAGUGCUGAGUUCACAAAUGGAGCUAUUAAAGACUUUCAACAUGAUAUCUUUCUUCUGCCAACUUUAAGUGUGACUUUAGUUUGUUUUCAGUGAUACUAAUUGUCUUACCUACAGUUCUUUAAUGUAUUGUAUGCUAAAUUGCUAGCAUGUAAUAUGCAAAAACAAAUAUUCCCAAUUAUAGUGGGGAAUGUUAAUUUUUGCAUGUCAGUUUCUCCGAAACAAAAAUAUAAAAUUGAUGAUAAUGUGAUUUUUGCUGGGGGCUGUACCAAACAAGCAUAUAUUCCCUUACAUCUUGAUAAUGUGAUUUGUAGGCUGGGGCAUUUCUAUAGCACCACAAUGCUGUAUUUAUGGUCUAUUGUGACACAUUUUACCUUUAUCAAAAAGUUACACCUUCUGUGAUUUGAAUACUGCACUUGGCGGCAUUGCGAUUUUUGAGAAUAUUUCAAUUGAUUGUUCAGCCCUAAUGUACACUGGAUGGUACUAUAACCUACAACACAGAUGAUUUUGGUGUCACACUUAUUCAGCUUUAUUUAUUUGUGUUUAUGACAAAGUCAUAAUGUGAAAGCAAUGAUUAAUAAGUUGAUAAAUACUGGUCUGAUUGAUGCCUAUUGAUUGCCAAGACCUUUCUCAAUACAGAGACACUCGUCCCAGUGAGUCAGUCAGUUUCAUUUUGAUAAAGAAUGGGGGAGGUUACAAAGAGACGCUCCUUUACACACGUUACUUUAUACUUCCGCGUACCUGCAUGCCUUCCCAUAUGACUUGCAAAAGGUGUUAACCACCAUUUGCUGUGACUGAAGCUUUCUCACACUUUCGCCAUUUUUGUUUUGUUUGCAAAGAUGCACUCUGUACAUACUAAUUCGCCACCUCAGUGGGAUAUAAAUGAUACUGUAAAUAAUGCUAUAAUGUGCCUGUAAUAUUUCAUUCAAACUGAUAUGUCAUUGAGGCCAGCUUCUUAAAUGCAUCCUGCAGUAAUAAACUGUAUACCAAAU